AUCGCCUGCUUCGUCCUGGUCUUGACUCAGAGUUCCAUCUUCAGCCUCCUCGCUAUUGCCAUCGACAGAAUCAUUGCGAUCCGCAUACCCCUCAGGUAAGCAGGGUGGGCUGGAAGGCAGAGGGGGCACCUUAGUGGGGAAUGAGCAUCAGUAAAAGCAGAUCUCGUGGUAAACUGCAGAAGAUAAAACUAAUGAGCAGCAGCAUUUUUCACCUUGUAAUUUGAGAAAACAAACCCAACCCACAUUCCUAGGGGCUGCCUUGGUUGCUGGAUUUGUGAGUGAUUUCUCUACUGUUCACCGCAGCCCUCAUGUGGCACGUGCCCGUGGCUUUGCAGCAGUGCUGCCUGGGAGCUGCUGCUCCAUAUUUAGACAGGAGCACGCUGUACGCUCACGAACGUGUGCUCUGAGCCCUGGCCAGCAGCACAAGUGAGAUUGCUGCAGGAAAGUGGAGCUAAAGGGAAGAGAAGCAGCAUGUGGCCACCUCAGACCCCACACUAUAGAGGUGAUGGCUCUUCCCCACCAAGUGGCUGGGGGACAAGCCCUUGGCGAGCAUCCACUGCUCAGCAACAGCCAAAGCAUCAGUGUGCUGUUAACAUUGCCUCAGCUGAAACCAGGGCACAGGGAGGGCACAGUGCAGGGCUGACUCAGGUGAUGGCAAAUAACGUUAUGCAUUUUGAUACACUGGCUGAGCACAGUCGUGUGAACAGUGAAAAAAAUACGCAGCAUUGCUUUCCAUUCUGAUACAGGAAUUUGAGAAUAGAUUUCAUGAUUUAAAAAAAAAAAAUCAUCAAUUCGUGUCUGUAACUCCUUUUUCAGUAGUUAUAAAUACAUGACCUGCAAAUUUAAGAAUGGAAUGUAUACAGCUGCAACCAGAUAUUCAACUUAAAGAUUUGACCAUGUCUCUUUACAGGACUUCUAUAAGCCCUCUCUUAUCAGAGAGAAAUAUCCCUCGCAACCACACCUUAUUCAUGUCAUCCCCUUUUGGCAGUACACACAUCUAUGAGCAACUGUUUUCAAGGAUGAAGCACAGGAACAGUAACAUUUCAUCAAAAAUCUCUGAUGAACACCUUGAGAGCUCACUGAGACUGGCAGCCACUGUCACUGAACCAGUUAGUUACACAAAAACAAGGCCAAAUAUCCCACUAGUUUUAAGCUUUUGUUGCUCUCUUUUUAGUAAAAUAUAAAAAAUAAAUGUAUUGUUACUUAUAUAUUACCUAUAUUGUAUAAUUUACAAAGGCUGCUCCAAAAGUAAUGUCUCCUGUUUAAUGAUGUUGGCCUGUGAUGUCAGAGGUGGAUGUUGGUGGUAUGGCAGUAGAGAAUGGACCUUCCCACCAACGUUCUGCUCCGUUCUGUUGCUGUGUGACAGAUGGCAGCAGAGGGGCACUGUGACAAAUGGCGUCUGACACGGAAAUGCAGAUGAAGCAAAGGUGUGGAAACAAAUUCCCCCAUGUAGAAAAAAUGGCCCCCAUUGACAUGCAUUGAUAUUUGCUGAACGUUUAUGAAGUCUAAGGACAGUGCAUCUCUUCCGCUGGUGCAGAUAUUUAUGGGCAUGGCAUACAGGCUCUUAUUCGUUGCUAGCAAAAAUGAGCAGCUAAUGAUGGUGCCUAUGUUAAAAAUGGUGUUUUGAGGCUGAGAAGUUGCUCUAUCAAAGAGUAUUAUUGUGCUUUUCGUAUCAGUUGUAGUCUCCAUGGAAAUAAAUAGGAGGCAUUACUUUAGGAGCAACAUAUGUAGAUGCAGCCCAAGAUGAUUCCUCUUCACUUAAUGCAGCCCAGGCGAGCCAAAAGGUUGGACACCUGUGUAUUAGGUCAAGGGAAGGGCUUGUCCCCAUGCCAGUGUUGAAGGUGGUUGUUCUAUGGUCUCCACUUUGGAGUUGAAAGGGCAGCCUGGUCUGGUGGUUGGUGACCCUGCACAUAGCAGGGGGGUUGAAACUAGAUGAUCAUUGUGGUCCUUUUCAACCCAGGCCGUGCUAUGAUUCUAUGAUUUAAAUACUUGAGUUUGGAAGCUGGAUGUGACUAGCUCCUACUUGGUGUGCAUCCAGGGAGGCUGAUUUGGGACAAGGGGGAGUUUUGGUAUGUGUGCAGGGGCUGUUACUCAGUUCAGCCUUCUGCAUUGUGUCUGGACACAUCUGCCUGUGGGUGCAAAACAGCACUGCGUUUUGUGGGCUGGGUCUGAAUGCUUUGUGGCAAUGCUUGAGAGUUGUUCAGCAAGCCUGAGAUGCAGAGGAAGCCCUGGGACAGGCUAAGGCUGGCCGAGCAUAGGAGCCUCCUUCCUUCCCAUCUUGUCCUUAGGAGGACACAGCAUGCUCUCACCAGUGGAGAGACUUCCUAUCCUGUUGAGUAAGAGAUAUGGCUGCAAAAAUGGAACAAAAUUCUCAUUAUUGUGCUCUCAACUUGAAGGUUUUGGAUAUCCUCACUCUUGUUAAGUUUAAAUCUCUUUGUACCAGCCUGCCCAGUUUAGUUUUGUCCUAUCUGAAUACAUUGCUCACCCAGCACUUACGUUGGUUAACAUAAGCCUCCCAUUCCCUGCUCUACCUUUCCAUGUGGACCAGUGCAGCAUAGUCAUUCCUGAAGGCUCAUCUCAGCUCGUUGGUGCUGCUGUAACAUUGCUGUUAAUUGCUGAUUUCCAAACUUACAGUUGUGUGACAGUCUACUUUUGGUGUGGUCAUAAGGAAAAGUGAAUCUAUUCCAUUGCAGAAGGAAACUAUCAAUGUUAGUACCUAUAAAUUGGACUGUUUUCACUUUUCUGCAUUUCUGCAGAUAAAUGUUUUCAGUUCAUAAACCAGUGUGAUAAUAAAUGCACGAGGAAGCACAUGUAGAGCAGCCUUUGGUAGCCUUAUCUGAUUUGGUUUUGAAAAGGUGCAAUGUCAUCAAUCUCUUCCAAAUUAACUCUGGAAACUUUUGUUGACAGUUUAAGCGUUCAUAUGGUUAGAGAAUGACUUUCCAGGAAAGGGACUUUAAAAAUCUGGAUUUCUGCCUUUUAUUAUUACUAUUAUUAUUAUUAUUAUUAUUAGGCACUGUGACUGUAUUAUCUUUAAAGUUUAAUUUUCUGGAAUAGCCAAAGUAAGAGUGUCUUUCAGAAGUCAUCUUUCUGGCUUGCCCAGCAUUGGGCACUGCACCUGUUUCACUAUUUUGUUUUAGAAAUAACAGAGCACACCCUCUUCCAGCCCAGAAGCAGUAGAGCCGAUUGGCUGCAGAAACCAACAAGUAGAUCUGUGGGUUCCUCCUCCUCGUUGUCCUCUAUUAGUUUGUCCUUUUACAAAAGGAAGGAAGAAGUUGUCAAUUCUGUUUUCCCCAGAAGAGUUUAUAGGUGAAUGAACAUUAGAUUUAUCGCUUCUGACAUGCUGAGAAAGUGAAAGCUAUUAGCCCAAGAGGGAGAAGAGGUAUGAUUCAGACUGCUCACAUCUCACUUUUUACUUUCUGGUUGUCUCAAAUGCGCAUCAAACCAAUGUAAGGAAAGUUCUCUCACUAAAAAUGCAACCCUUUUGAGUUCUUUAAUGGGAAGACCUUCGAGGGGAAUGCCUCUUCUCUCCCCCUCAGAGGGUAAGAAACGUAACAUCAGACAUUCCCAAUAUAGAUAUAGAUAAAUACUCUUACAAAUAAAUGAGACCUCUUUCCUAUAUUCUAGGGGGGGGGAAAGCACCAAACGUAUUUUUUCUCCUCAUUUAACUGUUCCAUACCCAAUUUGUCCUAAGGCAACCUCACAUCUCGAUGGACAUCUCUGGUUGUGUACACCCACACAAAUAAGCUGUAAGCAUUAAGGAGGCAGAAGAAUGAGAUUUCUUAUUCUGUUUGGUUUUGGACACGUCAGUAUGCAAUUGGUGCUACGUUUGGAAUGAUUUUUCUGUGCUUAAAAGAACCUCCCCCCCCCCAAAAUGGCAGUGAGGGAAGGCAUGUAUAGGUAACAUUUAAAAAUAGAAGAAAAAAAUUGUUAAUUGUCAAAUAAUUAAAACAUUCCACAGAAUUUAAAGGCUUUCAAAAAGUUCUCAAACAUUUGCUGACUCCUGCCAGCUUUCAUACAAGUGUAACUCUCUGAAAGUGGCAACAAAGCACUCCCGAGGAAGUGAGGCCAAGCCAUUGUUCGGGGUAGGACUGAAUGCAAACUGUCUCUAGCAUGGCAGGUACCUGAAAACCUGCACUCGCUGAUAUAAAACCCCUGGGUGUUGGAAACAAAACUGGCUGCGAUUCUGAGCUCUGGGAUGAAGUCAGGGGCCAAGAACAAUUGCCACUUUCCAGGCUCUUUGGUGCCAGGAAACGCUCCGAGGGCACCGUGCCCAGCCAUGUGCUCUUGUGCAUGCACUGGUGGUGCAGAGAUUCCCAUGGUGAAGGGCAGGUAGCUCUGAUGCACUGGAAGGAGAGAAGGUGUUUCUUCCUGCAACCAAACAGAAAAGUUUUCUCAGGUUACUGCUUGCUCCAUGUGCCGGCUUCAGGUGUUGGCCUGUGGCAUCAAUCCAUGUGCUUGCCAUGCGGUGCCAACUGCAGGAGCUGGAAGUGGAGACCUUGUCAUCUGAAGGGAGGUACUUUGGAGACAGCUGACUUUCUUAAAUGGUCACAGAUGAGCAUCUGAAUCAGUGGUUUAACAUUUUAUUGCCACUUUGACCCACUUGCUUCUUUCCAUGCUCACCAUAAGCCUUUUGACCUUAUGCCAAGCACUUCCUACACAUGCUCAUAUGUUGUCAAAUAGAUUAUGAGCAGAUUCGGCCCAAUACGAAAUGAUAAUUUGCUUUCUCCUUCUAACAACCACGGGCAUGGCUUUGAGAGCAACAUGAAUUGUCCAUGGCUUUGUGUGCUGCAUUGGAACUUGCUGCUGCCAAAGUUGUGGUCUGGAAGCUGGUAGUGCUGUGAGCAAAAGAGCAGUGCCUGCCCACUGCCAUUGCUUCUGCUGCUCAGAGCCCUGUACGUGGCUGUGGGAUCCCACCCUGCCUGCCCCCAUAGCACGAUCAAGUACCAGGUCAGGUAUUAUCUGGUAACAAGGGAGGAUGUUUCUUGACUGAGAGUUUUGGGAAAGAGUUGUUUGAGUGGUGUGUGAGAAGAUCUGGGUUUGAUAUCCUGCUCUAGGAUUUCUCAAGUGAUCUGGGAUUGUCAGUGUCUCUCACUUUUCAGAUACAUGCUAUAGGGAUAGAAUACCCUCCUGCCCCUGUGACUGCAGCUGCCAGGGGCGUGUGGGCUGUUGGGCACUGUGCUCAGCAAACAGUGUUUGCAGUGAGUUGUUCAGAAGCACUGAGCACUGCUGGAAUUCAGAUCGAAGCGCAGUGCCCUCCAUGUGCAGCACGUCGCUCCCUUGGCUGAUGUGAGCUCUGCAUGUGGUGGGGCCUUUUGGCUGAGGGGAGCCAUGCUGCCAGCCGGGGCUGGGUUUGGAAGACAAGCAGCACACCAAGCAGAAGCUGUGAUGAUGAGUUAGGCCAGCUACAAAUCAUGUAACGGAUGGAAGGAUUUUAACCUCUCUCUGAGGAACCUGUGGUUCUCAUACCAGCUCUGCCUUCUACCCUGCUUCAAGACUUACAGAUCAGACAGGUGAUGUGCUACACUUUCUGCUUCAGUCAUUAUUUUGAUGGCAAAGCUUAGGAGAGGGAUCAUGAGGUAUCACAUCUUCAGCCAGUUUAAUUUAGGCAGCACAGGGGAGUUGUGCAUACACAAAAGCAGCUGCUCCCCUGGAGACAGUGCGCCAGUCUGCUGGUGGGAGAGCAGCAGGGCAGGCAGAAUUAUCUGGGGGAAGAUAUCCAUGCUCACACGUAUUUGCACAAGUGGGUUUGACUUCAUGGAGGAGGCAGAUACCCCAACCCCACACCCACCUCCACCCCGAGUGUCUCUGCACACGUGUUCUCUGUGCCUGCAGUUUCACCAGCAGAAGUUGUUGUUUGUGUAGCAAGUCCAGUAUUUCCAGGAAGCAUGAGAACUGCUCGUGCACAGGCAAUCCAGCGCUGUCUGGACACAUCAGACAUGCUACAAAGUCAUUCUCCAGCUAUGCAGAGCAUGGGCUGUAGGUGUGAGCAGCUCCUUUCAGCGGGCUGCACCUCCUGCAUUGGGGUGCCAGCAGCUCAAACUGAGUGAUGCUCCCUGAAAGCCCUGACCUCAUCAUCCAGAGCUGUACAGCACUGUGGGUACAGGCAGCAGUUUUGUCCUGGGGGCCAGAAAGACACCCAGAGAGGUGCUACACACAGUGUUGUGAGCUUUUGCUCUUAGCCCUUGGAGAUGCUGAGCAUUAUGGAAAUGUACUGAUGAAUUGAUAGCACUGCCAACUUGGUACAGUGCAGCUGGGAAGCAGAAGGCUGCUUGGGUUAAGUGCUGUUCCUAAGCCUUGUAAAGUUUGUUGCAUGGGAAUCCCCAGAGGGUAAGAGGGAGGGAGAAGCUGGAGUGGGGCGGGGGGAGUUGUUUGCCUGGAGCAGUGAUGAAUGUAUUUUUAGUGGAAGGGAUGGGACAUCUCCAGUCGUGGGAUAACAGCUGCACGAUUUCAAAAUUCCUCUGACAAGAUGUAGCCAAUUCCAGGGCUGGAGGGUUUUGUGAUUUUUUUUUUCUUCUUUUUUUCCAAAGCUCCAAGUGCCUUUGGCCAACCUCUUGUUCCCCAAGGGUAUUUUUCAAAGCACAGAUGCUGUUUCACUGUGUUAAUUAGCUCUGAAUGUAAGCAGUUUCUCUGCUAGCAUCCAUGCUGUGCUCUCAGCCUCCUGUAGGCACUGAGUAGGUUCCAUCUCUUGCUAGAGAGAACUUUUUAUGUCCCAGGAUCAGCUGAAUCCCCCUCUAAUUUCUGGAAGGUGGAUUUCAGUGUAUUUUGAGUGCUGGGAAUUGUGGUUGGCUCCCUCAGCUGUUCCUCCUUUUCUGUUUUUGAAAUGCAGCUGUGGAAUGGAGGAUGGAGCCUGCCAGGUUUUAUAUCAGCCAGGUUGUUUCCAGAGCCCACCAGCAGGGAUUUAAAGUGCAUGUACAAUGGCUUGGUGACGGGCUCUCGAGCCAAAGGUAUCAUUGCCAUCUGCUGGGUAUUAUCUUUCAUCAUUGGCUUGACACCAAUGCUAGGGUGGCACAAGCGUUCCCAGAUUGAAGAGGUGGGUGCUAAUAAGUCCUCUCCCAUCAACUGCAGCAACAGUAUGGUGGCAUGUCUCUUUGAGGCUGUGGUCACCAUGGAGUACAUGGUCUACUACAACUUUUUUGCCUGUGUGUUAUUGCCUCUUCUCCUCAUGUUUGGCAUCUACUUGAAAAUCUUCAUGGCAGCCCGACGGCAGCUCAAGCAGAUGGAGAACAAGAUGGUGCAUGGGGAACGCUCACGGUCCACUUUGCAGAAGGAAGUCCACGCAGCCAAAUCUUUAGCCAUCAUUGUUGGGUUGUUUGCAGUCUGUUGGCUUCCACUACAUAUUAUUAACUGUUUCACCCUUUUUUGCCCAAACUGUGCUCAUGCUCCCCUCUGGCUGAUGUAUCUGGCCAUUAUCCUGUCUCAUGCCAACUCGGUUGUAAAUCCUCUAAUUUAUGCCUACCGAAUCAGGGAGUUCCGAUACACCUUCCGUAAAAUCAUCAGCCAGCAUAUCCUGGGGAGGAAAGAGCAGUUCAAAGCAGGAACAGCCAGCAUUAGGACUUCCACGCAUGGUGGGGAUGAAGAGAAUGCCAGCAUACGAAUCAGUGAGUAUGCGUUAGAAGUAUACACCAAUGGAGAGAUUCACAGGGAUCCUGAAAAGCAGGACUUAAACAAAUGCAAAGCUGUCUUGGAAUGGCACCAGAAUGGAAAUGCUCUGGACAUGGAGACAAAUGGGCAUCUCCCACGUUCCUGCAAAAAUGGGAUUCUCUCAGAUGCAUGUGUGAACAGGGAUCUUCACCAUGAAGAGUUAAUAGAUGCCCAGGUGUCUUUCUCGGAUCUAGAAACCACAGCCCUUGCAACAGCUGAUGUUUCCUGAUGAAUCGUUCACAGUCUUCCUGGUAUAAUUAUUUUAUUUUCCAUGGGUGGCCUCUGUCAUGGCAGAAGAUGAGGCUGGGGGGCGGGGGGAGAGAUGUGUAUUCAAGUUACUGUGGAGAAGGGGUCCUUACCCAGGACUGUCGUGGCAAUCCUAAAUACUAGACUGGAGAAAAGCCAAGAGACCAUUGAAACAGACUGAGAAAGGAGGGACACGUUAUCCAUCGAUGACCUAUCUGUCACCAAGAGCAGUGGCAGGGUCAAAGAUGGCAUUCCAAAUUGAGCACUGGGAGACUGCUGAUGCAGGGCGUAUCAUGACAUUAUGCUGUACUGUGUGUCUGUGGUUGUACGUCAGUUUUGCUGUCUUUACCAACAGAAAUAAAACCAUGGCUGAAAGCAUUCACUUGAUUGUAAAGAGCAACAAGGAGGAGCGUCUAAUUCUUUGGCCCUGCAACAAAUGGAAGGAAGAUAGCAACAUCUGUUGGCCAGGAAGGAUGCCAUCAGGUGCUUGGACAAGAAAGGAGUUUACCUGAUGGGAGCUUUGCAUACCUUCAACCAUGACAUUUUGUCUUUCAGUUCAUGUUUUUAAAGCUUAUACUGCAACAGGUUGCUCAGAUGUUUUUUCUUGUCUUGAUUAGAUUACAUUGCGUUAAGUUAUAAAGAUGAACAAGAACUCACAUCCAUUCCCUGGGCACUCAAUGUUCCAGAUGCACAAGACAAAUGUAACCUCAUAGUUUCACCCUAUCCAACAAAUAAUGAAAACUGAGACUUAAAUGGAGUUCCCUUAGCAAAAGGACAGUCAGCAGGACUUGGUGCUAGAGCAUGGAUGGUCUUUGUCACCAGGGGUGGUUGUGCCCUGAGUUGCUGUGAAGAGUCAUCAGGUGUGAGGUGUCUGCAGGCUGGUGGGCACUGUCUGGCUACUGCUGUUUCCUCUGUGUCUGUGCCUGCCCUGGGUUCCCAGAGUGCAAAUUAAUUCCAUGAUCUGAAGUUGUCAUUCUCACUCAAAAGGCUAUGGGACACUUUUUUGUUGUUGUUUCUUGAUGGGGAGGCAGGAUUGGGGAUGACACAAAGUGACACAUACCUACUUACUUUUGGAAUCCCAGCUCUGUCUGAACAUCUUUUUCUCCUGUGGUUUCAGUUGUUUCCUGAUGUGCUUUACUGUGAAGCCUGAUGUAUCCCAGCAGUGCAGAGGCCAACAGAUCUCAGUCUGUCUGGUUAGAAGAUACUCUGAGGAGCUGGAAGCAGUCAGUGUUAGUAGAAAUCUGCUUAGAAACUGCAGUAGUAUCUGUAAGAGAACAGGCAAAUCUGCUACAGCAAAGGUAUGCACUGAUAUGAUUUGUCGUAGAGGAGUUUCACAGCAGUUUAGUAAUUUUUCUGUAUCACCCAUGAAGCCUUGGUAGCUCAGGGAUAGCAGAGUGCCAUGUUAGCUUGUGUUCUACCUAAAUAUUUUCCAGUCUUUGUUUUCCAGACCAAUACUCUAUGUCCUGUGCCAUCAGCCUUCCAGGGAGAUGGGCAACAAUGGUCCUACUAGAAAGUUAGAAGUCUGGCAAUUCUGAGGAUCAGGAGUUUUUCCUUAGCUGAAAAUAUCAGAGGUGUCAGCCUACAAGCCUGGCUCCUCCCCGCGUCUCUCUAUUAACAUUUCAAAACCCAAAUAAUCUCAUUUUUAGGAAGGAAAUUGGAGCUGGAUUUUGAUAUUUGGAGAAUAGCACAUUAGGUUUGUGUAUUCUCCAUCCAUGUUUAUUUUAAAUAUUGUGAGUUAUUAGAAUGAAAAUUAAGUUUUAUUUGAAGAAAGUUUUCUUUUUUUUCCAGUCUGUCUGAAUGAAGGUGAGGAGUGGUUUAUAAUAUUGAAUGUGUCCAAAGUAUGUGACUGCUCUAGGCUAGCAAACAGCUUACUGUGAGAUGGAUAAGAGGAUGCGUUUGCCACCACAAUACUUAGCAGAAGGACAGGCAAGUAUAUGGAACAGUAGCCUCCAGAGUUUAAUUGAAUUGCUGCUUUCUUGGCAUGGCUCUACCAUGUAGUCUAACAUCAGAGGUGUGGAUUAUCACUCUAGCACCAUUAGCAAAAUGCUGUAGGCAGGCCCUCCCUCUGCAGGGUGACUUGGGAUCUUGUUGCUCUUCAUCUUCCUUGAUGGAAUAUUUCUGUCAGCUCUGUGCAGGAUGGCUCCUCUGGCCUCCUGAAACAGCAGCAGAGGAAUUCAGUCUGAAAAACGGGGAUCUGAUCUCUUUAGGCCUCAUCUGGGAGCUGAAAUGUUUCUAAGAAUAACACAAGAUUACAUCCGGUAUUCAUGUCAAUAACAAUUAGGUUCACAAAGAAGCAGAGCAGGGAAGGAAGUGUGGGAAAAUACCAGUGUUGCUCGUGUGCUGGAACACAGGCAAGUGCAGAAGUGUCUCCUAUUGAGCUUUAGUUGCCAUUGUGAAGGGAUGUUUUAUGCCAUGUCGCAUCAGACUUUCAACAGCUGAUGUAGGUUGGUUGCUUUCUAUUGUUUCCUGAGCUUCUUCACACUCAAUUGUGGGUUCCUUCUUGCUUGGUUGCCACAAGAAUUGAAUUGGUCUAUAUUGAUGUGACAAAAUUAAGAUUGCCCCUCUGGAAAACUAUCCUGCCCAACCAAAGUAAGAUUGCCAUGCAAACUUAGAGUUUCCAGAUGUCCUGAAAUCAGUUUUUCUGUCACUGUUUGAGUUGUGUCCCGAGUGUAUCCAGGCCCUUUCACUAUUAAUGAUCUAGAUUUCAAACAAAGAGGGGCCAGGGGAUGUGUGUAGGAGGAUGUGCAGUGGUGGGAAGGAGACAGAGUGUUUUGUAUGGAAUUGGAAGUCUGUAGUCGCAGGAAGGAGCGCAUGGCCAAUUGCACCACAUGCUGCAUGCCUUCUGGCAAGCAUAUGUCUGAGAUGGACCUUCAGAAGAUGUUUCCAAAGUUGUUGGGGGGAGCGUGAGCCUUUUGAACAGAAUUUUGGAAUUCUUAUUUCUUGUUUCAUGAUUUCAAGACUUCCUUCCUUUUAUUGAAAAAGAAGUUUUAGAGUCCCAUGAAUAAAAUGUGCUCUCUGCUCUUGAGAAAUGCACCUCUUCCAAACUACACAGAGCAAGAGUUGUUUGAAAAGUUAGAAUUAAUGUUUUUUUUCCUAACUUUCCAACUCAUAUUCCCAUUUUUCUUCCAGCUGGAGAUUUAGCUGAUGAAAUAGCUAUUCUGGAUAAACAAAGAUGGUACAAGACAGAGGGAAGAGUGAGGUGACCAUCAGGAGAGGAUAGAGAAGAUCUCCUUAGGAAUCCAAGGUGCAGUGGGUCCAGAGAGUAAGAGCUGGGGUAAGAAGAGACUGAUUUCAUUAAACUGGAACAUGUUGCUAAAAAUGGCUCAAAACCCAUAGAGAGAUGCAGUGCCUCGUUUGGUGAGAGGGCAUUCCAUGAAUUUCACCAUUCCCCUGAGAUUCCUAGGCUCCAGGGUUUGUCUGCUUUAUAGGGUUUUAGAGAAAGUAAAAUUCUGAUCAGUUGCCAAGGAGUAAUUUUAUCAUGAGGUCUCUUUCCUCAAUAGGGCACCGUUUUUUUGUGUGUGCAAGUAAAUGCACUUAGAAUUUUGUUCUGUGCUUUCUUUUGGAUUGGCAAUAUCUCAGAGUUCUGUGCAAGCUUGAACUGCUUUUGAAUGGAGCCAAGUGAGAUGAGAAGGAGAUGAGGUGAGCCUGACACUGUUUUUACAGAGAGCAUGGUAGGACAGUUGGGGUACUGUAGACAGAAAGGACUUGCCACUGGUCCUAGCUGGUGCUAGCAAGCUUAUUGUGCAGACAGGUUUGAGAGUUGCAUGGAGUGCUCUGAAUCUUUGAUCUUUCUUUGAAAAGAAGCUCUGGGAGAUGCUGGAGGGUACAGGAAAGUCUCUAAGGUGCGGAAAUAGACUGAGGUGUUAGGGUUUGAUGGGAAAUCUCGAUGUGGAAGGAAGAUUUGUAGGGUAUGUGUUUGGGAGGAUAUCAUGGGAGCAGGAAUGUGCUGGGAAGAGCUGAGGUUUGCACUGAUGGCCUCAGAGGAGUGGGGAUGGCUGAAUAAGGACUCUGGAAGGGAUUUAUAGUCUUAUGGCUCUCCUGGGUCACUGCAGAGGGGCAGCCUUGCCCUGAUAACUGCAGAGGGUUGGCUUAGUGUGGUUUAUAUGUGACUGAGGAAGAGGUGUUUUUUUCUGGAUUAUCUCAUUUUUAGAUGCAUUGUCUCAUUUCAUAAGCACAGUCAGGUGAAAUGAGCCCUUCUGCUUCAUGAGCAUCACCCCCCCACACACCAUCCUACCCCCUAAAAAAAUCAAUUCAGCCGUGCUUUGUGGGAAGGACAAGCAUACUGUAACAGCUGUGAUGCAUUGAAACUGUAGAAUACUCUCUAGAGGUGUUUGGUACAUUAGCUGCCUAAUAGUUCUCUCCUGAUUUGUUCUGGGCAUCAGUCUGCUCUGAGGCAGACCAAGGAGCUUUGUCUUCCUGGCCCUGAGCUUCUGACCUUUUUUACAGUAAAACACAUCAAGAGUAACUAAAAUGACACCAGUUCCUGAUUUGCACAAGGCAACUAAACCCUAAAUGAGGCAGUGUUCUGUAUAGCUUCCUGUGUUAUUCGUCUGCUGGGACUCUUAACACAAGAAUGUGUUGCAUUCAAGACUGGAACCUGUUGAUCUGAGAACAUCCUUUGCUUCCCCUGUUCUGUCUCAGGAGCUGGUGUUCCUGCCCCUGUGUCUGUGGAGGGUUGUCUCUGUGGUCUGUCAGCCAAGGCACUACGAACACCUGCUGCACAUGCUGUCACUAAGAAACACUUACUCUUUUAAUUUAAAUGUUUUACGAAUAUAGUUGUUGUUUUUCCCUCUGUUUGUCAGUUACCAGUGGGAGGGGAGGGAAAGGGGUGGGAGAAUCUGUGCAUGCAUAUGUAUUUAAAGUGCAUUGACCAAAGUUUGUUUUCUUUCUUGAACCUGUGAAGUUUUAAUAUCUGUGAAGUCAUCAGACUGCUGGGCAGUGAGGAGCCACUGGUGCUGCUGGGUCUGUCUUGGUUACAUUUCUUAAUAAGCAUUAAAAUAAUAAAAUAUAUUUGUAAAAGUGA